GCUUCCACCAUUAAAGUCACUAAUAUUAACCACCAUCUUAAGUAGUACAGCAAUUUCCAUGUUUUCCAACUGUCUUCAUUUAUUAUUAUAUUAAACCUUAAGGUUAUCUUAUUUCAUUUUAUUUCAUAUUUCAAUUUUUUUAUUUCCUUCUUUUCAUUUUUUUUGUUGUUUCCUAGUGUUGGGCUUUUGACAACACAAAUUGAUUGAAGAGGAAUCAAGUGCAUUCGUUAGCUUCAGCCAGGAACUCUGUGAAUUUCUUAUUGAUUCUAUUUGAAGUAGAGUUUUAGGAAUCUUUCUUUUAUCCUUCAUCAGGAAAGGAUGGAAUAUGGUCUGGGGUAAACGAAGUAUCGUAUGUAAAGAGGAGCCGGAUCAGAAAAACCGAACUAGUACGGGCCACAAGACAGUCAAGAGAUGUUUUUCUUGUAAUCAACACGUAAAACUAUCGAGAAAUGGAUCUAUGAGGGAGUGGACUUGUCCUCUUUGUGAAGCUCCAAACCACUUUGAUGACAAUGGAGAAGUAGUGGAUUAUCGGCCUCCAACACCACCAUCAUAUGAGACAUCCGCUCCUAAUUUUCUUUCAAGGUUCGUAGAGAAAACACCAACUAAGAGUCCUUUUUGCGAGGACUGCUUGCGAAACCAACUGCUUGUGAAUCGAAUGCUCGCAGAUUUUCUACCUGAGCAAAACCAUCCUGAUUACAAGGCCUAUGAAGCCGCUUUUCCUAAAUAUAAAGAAUCUUUAGAAGAAAAAUUUCCUAUUGUCUGUGAUAAUUGUUACGGUCCUGUUCAUGAGCAAUUAGAAAGCAAUAAUUACGAAGCCAAAAAUCAUGUAUUAGGUCAAUGGCUUGUUCAAUCUAAGGAAAAAUUUUAUUCCACUCCUUCUUUAAAUAACAAUUCCUUUUCAUCUAUAAUAUGGGUUUCCAGAGGUGUUGGAUUUUUUCUGUUUUAUGCACAUGCUAUAGGCUGGCAUUUUUACCAUUCCAUUUUACCCGCUUUCUUUCCAGAGUUUAUUCAAGGAUUACUGAAGAAGAUUUCUGGAAUUUUCUUAUUGAAUUUAAGUUUGAGCCAAGGUGCAAUGAUCACUUGGCUGGGAUUUUUUGUAAUUUUUUGGAAUCCUUACUGGCUCGUUCUUUCCCAAGAUUCCUCUACUAGCCUCUAUGGGAGAGAGCAAUACAUUCGUUCUCAGUUUAUUUCUACUCUAAUCCGACUAGCUUCAGUCUAUAUUUUGAAUAUUUACGAGUUUGGUGUCAAGGCUGAAUAUUUUCGGGAUGCUAAUAAUGUUCGUUCCACAAUCUCCCAAGUGCAUACAGUUCUAUUUUUUAUCACUAUAUUUUUUCUAAUUGUAAGUUUUUCCUGUCUAGAUUUUCGCUCUCCUCGAAAGAUAAAUUUGUCGGAUAGGACACUUCCAAAAAAAUCAAAGAGAAACAAAUCUAAAUUAGCCUCGUUGACAAAAAAUUUUAAAUCAAGGAAAAAGGAAAAUAAUUCCAAGCCUCCAGUUUUUCCUCAAACAACACCGUUAUCUUCACAUUUUCGAAAGUUGUCUGAAAUGCCUAAGAUUUCACCAAUUUCAAAUCUACAGAAAAAGCUCGAAGCUCUUCCAACUUCAAGUCCAUACUCUUCAAAAUGUUCACGUUUUCAAAACAUGCCUCAGAAUUACAGGGGAAAAGAUUCCAUAAAGGUGACACCAACUGAUAUUAGGCCGGAAGUCAUGAAAGAGUUAAAUCAAUAUAAGAAGACGAGACAAUUAUCAAAAUAUCGCGAAGAGAACACCAAAUACUCUUUUUUUAGAAAUUCUGGAAUAGAAAAUUUAUUUUCGGAGACACUAAAUCUAACUAAUGACUCUGCUGAAGUUUUAGAAGCCAAAGCCUCUAUUCGAAAAAGAAACGGACUUAUACUUGCAGUUAUGAGUAUCAGCUUCGUUUUAUUUUUCUGGACCACUCAACGAAUGUUUCAAUUAAGUAGGAUGAAUUCUGUCUGUUUGCUUUUUGUGGGACUAAGCUCUUGUUUUAUUUAUAUGUAUCGCAAUCACUAUGUUUUUAACACAUAGGACCUUUGAUCAUUAACACUUUUAUAUGUUGAGAUGCGUAUGAAAACAAGAGUUUAUGAUGAAAGUAUAAAAAGCAUUCGUCUGCUAUUGAACUUUCCUUUCUUCAACUAGUUGUCUUAGUUGAAUCAAGAUUUAAAAAAGAAGCAAUUAUAUAGGUAGAUUGCUUUGCAUACUUCUUUUCAUUAAUUAU